GGUUCAGGAGGCGGGUUUGUUUCACCUCACCUAAAGACAAUCUGACUAUCACCAAUGAAUGUGUACAACAGAGCAGUUAGUACCCGGAAAACAAAGUCCAUUUGGAAAUGGGAGGAAAUAUAGUAAUGGUGAAUGCUGUCAUUAAGGCAGUAAUAUUCAUGCAUGUUUUUUAGUGCACGGCUGAGACUAUUGGUUGGUUACGGCGAAAGAAACUGUCCAUAUUGAUCCUUCAGUCGUUAGUGUACUCGUGUUCUCCUCAAAAGGAAGCAAUAUGUUCAGGCUGGCAUUCUGUGUCCUCCUGCUGUUCGUCCUUCGCUUGUUGCUGCAUCUACCCUGGCUUCAGGUUAUUCCAGCAAUUCUAAUAUUUUACUUGGGUUCUGGUGGAUGGAAGUUUAUGAAAGUCUUCAUGAAGACCAUUGGAAGAGAUCUCCAUGGUGCAAAAGUCUUAAUUACAGUGAAGUUGAAUGUGCGACGUCACUUUCAGGAACAAAACACUAUCCCCAAGAUCUUCAGCAAGGUAGUACAAAAGCACCCCAACAAAGCAGCAGUAAUAUUUGAUGGGACAGAUGAGCACUGGACCUUUCAACAGUUAGAUGAGUACUCAAAUGCUGUUGCAAACUAUCUGUAUGGUGAAGGAUUCCGUUCUGGUGAUGUGGUGGCCGUAUUUAUGGAAAACCGGAAUGAAUAUGUUGGAUUGUGGCUGGGAAUGGCUAAAAUUGGUGUGGAAGCAGCACUUAUUAAUUUUAACUUACGAAUGGAUGCCUUAGCUUACUGUGUCUCCAUCUCUAACUCCAAGGCUGUGGUGUUUGGGUCUGAGCUAACAGAGGCUGUAAAAGAAGUCUACUCACAAAUGAGAAAAUCAGUGCGAUUGUUCUGUACUGGAAAAUGGAAUCCUGAUGCCGUUCCACCUGCCACUGAACAUCUGGAUCCGCUACUGCAAAGAGCACCAAAGCAUGAGCCUAGCCAACCUCAGAGAGGCUUCACAGAUCGCCUUUUCUACAUUUACACAUCUGGAACAACAGGGAUGCCCAAAGCUGCUAUCGUAGUGCAUAGCAGAUUUUACCGCAUGGCUGCCUUGGUUUUUUAUGGUUUCCGUAUGCGUGCUGAUGACAUUAUCUAUGACUGCUUGCCGUUGUAUCAUUCUGCAGGUAACAUUGUAGGCAUGGGUCAGUGUCUCCUACAUGGAGUGACAGUGGUGAUUAAGAGGAAGUUCUCUGCUUCCCGGUUCUGGGAUGACUGUGCAAAGUACAGAUGUACAAUUGUUCAGUACAUUGGUGAGACUUGCAGGUACCUUCUGAACCAGCCAGUGCGGCCUGCAGAACAUCAGCAUUGUGUACGAAUGGCACUAGGAAAUGGGCUGCGUCCAUCCAUCUGGGAAGACUUCAUGUCCCGAUUUAACAUUCCACAGAUAGCCGAGUUUUAUGGAGCAACAGAAUGUAACUGCAGUUUAGGAAACUUUGAUAAUAAGGUUGGUGCUUGUGGAUUUAACAGUCGAAUCCUGCCAUUUGUUUAUCCGAUCCGGUUAGUAAAAGUAGAUGAAGACACCAUGGAGCUGAUUCGUGGAUCAGAUGGUGUCUGCAUCCCUUGCAAGCCAGGUGAACCAGGACAGUUGGUAGGUCGGAUUAUUCAGAAUGAUCCCUUGCGCCGCUUUGAUGGAUAUAUAAAUGAGUCAGCAACUAACAAGAAAAUAGCCAAGGAUGUCUUCAAAAAAGGAGAUCUUGCAUAUCUGUCAGGAGAUGUGCUCGUUAUGGAUGAUUUUGGCUACAUGUACUUCAAAGAUCGUACUGGUGACACAUUCCGUUGGAAGGGAGAAAAUGUCUCAACAACUGAGGUCGAAGGGACUCUAAGUCGUAUUCUAGACAUGACAGACGUGGUUGUGUAUGGAGUAGAUGUACCAGGUGCUGAAGGAAAGGCAGGAAUGGCAGCCAUAGCAGACCCUAAUAACACAGUGGAUCUCAGUACAUUUUAUGAGAAACAAGAAAAGUGCUUACCUCCCUAUGCAAGGCCAGUUUUUUUACGAAUUCUACCUGAAGUCGACAAGACGGGGACUUACAAGUUUCAAAAGACAGAGUUGAGAAAGGAGGGCUUUAAUCCGAAUGUCAUAAAAGACCGACUUUAUUUCCUGGAUUCCAAUAACAGGAGAUACAUAUCACUGAAUGAAGAGAUCUUCCAAGGCAUUCAGUCAGGAAAACUGAAACUGUAAACCAAAGUAGAUAAACAAUCUACCUCACUAACUAGACUGCUUGCAGCGGUCAGAGCUGACUCUGCUGAAAAGUGUAAAAUCAAAAAAGGAUGAUUGCAAGAUAACAGGGUAAUUUCAAGCAGUGUCAGCAUGCCAUCUCUGAAUCAGUACAAAAAAGCAAAAUAUUUGUCUAUUUCAGAAAUUUAGUUUUCCAUGAAAACGUCAGUGUCGGAGGAGGUAAAGAAAAGCCUCUAAGACAUAAAGUUGGUGCUUCCGAGGGCUUUGAUGUUUGUCUUCUCAUCAUGACUUUCAUGUUCCCACACAGUAAAUAGAUGCAGACUCUGCUUUAUUAUCCUGUCAUUUUAUGUAUUUAUUUAUUCUUUGUUAACCUGGAAGUUGUCUGAGCCAAGAACACAUUUACAUCUGAAAUCUGCAAGUGAAACUGAGAAUGUACGUAUGACCAUCACACAUCAGCUUUACAUAAUUUACAAAACAGAUGGUCUCAUUUUCAUGCAUGUAUAUAAAUGGACAAAACACAUACUUUGUACCAUGUCAUAUCAGAACUAUAUUGAGAACUUCUCAGACGAUGUAGUUAUUAGAUGCUCAGAAAAGAAGAGAGUAAUUUUUUGCUGUGUUUUAAUUUUCUGUGGAAGUAAGGAGGGUAUGGGGGUUCUUGUUGAAUCAUUCUCAGCUCCAUCAUGUCGAUGCAGUAGUGAUCGACACUGAAAAGUUCAGUCACAAAACUGUGCAAUACUCUUUUAACAUAAAACAAAAUCAAAAUUUAUUUUAUAAAGCACUUUAAAUGUACCCCCCCCCACUCCUUAUCCAUUAAUUGUGCCAUUUCUACAUGACUUGGAGUUAGGUGAAUUCUCUAACAUAACAGGGUUUUAAUAGUACACACGUCUAAGCAUCCAUAAUUCAGUGAUAGCAUUGUUGAGUGUUGAUCAUUACUACAGUGAAUAUAAAAAGUAUACACAUCCCUGUUAAAAUGCCAGGUUUUGUGAUAUAAAAAAUGAGACCACAGUA